AAUGAUUUUACGAGAAGGCUCGUAAAACGGAAAGUUCAACUAAAUUCAAACGGAGAGUCAUUAGCGGUGGCACGUUGCACGUGACAUUGUGUGGCUGAGAGGUCGGCCAGGCAACGCUAGAAGUUUAGCAAUCGUUUGCCCCGUUGCACGUGGAGUGGAUAUGAAUCAAAACAAGUUAUUCCGGUAUAACUUGUCCGCCUCACAAAGAGCUGCCUUCGUUAAUAUUGUGUAUUAAAUAGAGUGCCACCGUAGUGCGCAGCUAAACGUUUAAAUUAAUUUGAUACUUGCAAAUUCACUUAAUAGCGCUUACGAAACGGAAUACGUUAAUUACGUAUGAAACGGAGAUCAGUUACAAAGAUUGCGAAUCAUACUUCCACAGUCGCCGGAAAAGACGAUGCUUGGAUAGAUUUGUUCACUCAGGAAACGGUCACGGAGCAAUCAUCACCAAAGAGCGAAUCUUCAAAAUUAUCUUAUUUUACUAAUUGGAGCGAGUGGUCGGUUUGUGAUCGACAUUGUUCACAAAAUCGUGUCAGAAGAUGCAUGACAAAGAGUCAAUGUGGUACCACUGUAUUUAGAGAAGAACGUACUUGCGAACAUAAGAGAAAAGGACGAAGAAAAAGAUGCAAGCAACGUCAACGUCGAGGACAACGGAAAUCAAAAAAUUUUCACGUAGUACAGUUGCCAAAAGAAACAGCACCUAGGCAUGGUAAAAGAAGAGGUACCGAUGUCCAAGAUCAAUCUAACAAUCAUUAUGGCAAAUGGAGCAAAUGGUAUCCGUGUACAAAGCUGUGUACUACCCAGCGUUACAAGUGGUGUAGAAAACCUGGGAUCUGUGGUCGUGAUGUUAUACGAGAAAGUGCUUAUUGUUACGUCGAAGGAAGCUUCUGCCAAAAAUGGAUAGACCGAAAAAUUCGUGGAAGUCGAGAGAAAGAUAACGAUGACGUGAUAUUAGACGAAUUCGAAUUGAAUCCCAACUCUGUGGACAGUUUUAUUCCUGAGAAAGAUCAGCCAGCAUGGAAAUGCGGUAUGGUGAAUCCUCAGAAAAAUUCUAGACUUUCUUAUGUCACUCGAAUCAUCGGUGGUCGUCCAACCGUACCAGGGGCAUGGCCAUGGCAGGUGGCUGUAUUGAAUAGAUUUCACGAAGCAUUUUGCGGAGGAACUUUGGUCUCGCCGAAAUGGGUCUUGACUGCCGCCCACUGCAUAAGAAAACGCUUAUACGUUCGUAUCGGCGAACACGACUUAACGGUGAAAGAGGGCACUGAACUGGAGCUCAGGGUACUUGUUCUCCUCGCAUGCUUAUUUCCGUUUAAAGUGGACUCGGUGGUAAUACAUCCAGAAUACAACGCUGACACGGUCGAUAACGACGUUGCCAUGUUACGUCUUCCAGUUAAUUUGACUCCAUCUCCCUCAAGAGGGAUAGCUUGUCUUCCAGCACCGAAACAACUUUUACCUACGAAUCAAUUGUGUACUAUUUUAGGCUGGGGCAAAUCCAGAGUGACAGAUGAUUUCGGUACCGAUAUUCUUCAUGAAGUUAAGAUACCCAUAGUAUCCUCGAAAAUAUGCCGACAAGUUUACGUGGACUACAGAAUAACUGAAAAUAUGUUUUGUGCCGGUUAUCAUCGUGGAAAAAUGGAUUCCUGUGCUGGUGAUAGUGGUGGACCUUUAUUGUGCAGAGAUCCCCGAAGACCCGAUCACGGUUGGACUAUUUUCGGCAUUACCAGUUUCGGGGAAGGUUGUGGGAAACGUCGCAAAUUUGGAAUUUACACUAAAUUGCCCAAUUAUGUGAAAUGGAUUUUGAGAGUCAUGAAACAAGACGAUGAACGUAAUUAGAGAAGUUUGAUAAAAUGUUGAUCGAAUGUUUGGUGAGAAUGUAAAAGGAACUAUGGUGUUGUAAUUAUAUUUGUUAACAGUGCGAUUAUUUUUUUAAAAAAAGGACUGCAUGUGCUGAGUGAUAUCUUUGAUGUUUAAGUAUUAAUAUUAGGUAAUUAAUAAAAUGUAGAAAUUAGAAAAUGA